UGUUCUCCGCGGACAGCAUGCUCCAGUUCCUGCUUGGAUUUACUUUUGGCAACGUGGUUGGAAUGUAUCUGGCUCAGAACUAUGACAUACCAAACUUGGCUAAAAAACUUGAAGAGAUUAAAAAGGAUUUGGAAGCCAAGAAGAAACCC